AUGGCGGAUGUGGAAAGAGCAUCUCAUAAAAUUAGAUUCGAAGAAGACAAGAGAGACGCCACGCGCUCCUUAGGGUUGGAAGAUACUACAAAAUAUCCAUCGAGAAACAUCAUACGUAUCCUCCAACUCACACGUAUUCAAUUUGGUGCGAACGCAUCUCCAUUUUUAUUAAGCAUGUCCAUAAGUAUACACUGCAGAGAGAAGGAAGAGAUUACCGCAAACACCUUCCUUGUCAAUGUUUUGAUAGGUGCCCAAACGGUCGACGAAGGUCUUCGAAAGAAUGUAUUCUCGAAGAUAGGCAUGAACCUUCGCGAAUUCAUGUCAAAUGACGAACACGUGUUAGAGUCUACUCCAUUGAAGGACAGAAUGGAGCCGACGUCUGAUGCAGUAAAACUGUUGGGAUUGAGAUGGAAUACGCACGAGGACACAUUAGGCGUGCCCAUCAAGUCAAUCACAAAAAAGGUUACCACAAAACGUAGUGCACUGAGGGCAUUCGCAUCAACCUUUGACCCAUUAGGUCUUCUUAUUCCAUUAUUCAUCAAAGCCAAAAUAUUCAUACAAAACAUAUGGAUCAAGAAGUGUUUAUGGGAUGACCCGUUCGACGAAGCUAAACGUAAACAUGGCGACGGAAUCCUUCAGCUGCAAGGUCGGGUAAUACAGAGUCUCCAAGCAAUUCAGUAA